CUUGUCAUUUCUUGCUUGUUUGUUGUCGUUUCCAUACUUUCCAUAAUUGGAGGUUUUUUCUCAAUAUAUACAUACACUUAUAAUAAUUUAUUGCUCUGUUUAAAUGUUGUUCUCUAAUGACAGUAUAUGAAACUUGCAAUUAAAUUAGGGGUCUUACUACUUUAUGCAGCGAAAAUUUUAUUAAAAUAUGUUGCCAGGCAUUGGCGUCUUUGGUACAGGUGCUAUAGCCAAAGUAUUGGUGCCAUUUCUUAGAGAAAAAGGAUUUUCCGUUGAAGCGAUAUGGGGAGUAACCUUGCAAGAAGCUGAAGCAGCAGCAAAGGAGUUGAAGAUCCCAUUUUUCACUAAUAAAAUAGAUGAUGUUCUUCUGAAGAAAAAUGUCAAUCUUGUGUUUAUUGUGUGCGCACCAAAUUUACACGCCCAAAUAUCUGUGAAAGCUCUUGGCAUAGGAAAACAUGUAGUUUGUGAUAAACCUGCAGGACUUUGCCAGGCUGAAGCUCUGAAAAUGGUACGAGCGGCUCAGUAUUAUCCCACUUUGAUAUCUAUAAUAAAUCAUUCCCUCAGAUUCUUGCCAGCUUUCAGUCAUAUGAGGAAAAGUAUACAAGAAGGAUAUCUAGGUGAUCCAGAAGAGUUGACCUUAAUAGAUGUGAGAGUACAAAUGGGACCAUUACUGGGCGAAAGUUAUAAUUGGUUAUGUGAUGACACAAUGGGAGGUGGGUCACUCACUUUGGUUGGUAGCCAUGUAAUCGACUUGGUAUCAUAUCUCACAGGUCAAAAAGUUGUAAAAGUCCAUGGUGUAUUGAGAACAUUUGUUGAAGAGACUUCAAAAGUAAAUGGUAUUAGAAAAAUAACUGCACCAGACUUUUGUACAUUUCAAUUACAAAUGGACAAGGGGUUGUUAGUGACUGCCACAGUGAGCAACCAUUUGCCUGGGCCUUGUUUCAACCAAGAAAUCUAUGUGUGCAGCAAAAGAGGUUACAUGGUAGUAAGAGGAGGAGACUUGCAUGGGAAACUGCACAAAACUCAUUCAAAAACGAAUUUAGAAGAUGAAGGGAAAAGACCUCAUGACAAAGAAGAAGUUAUUUAUGUAGAUGUUGAAGAUUUAAGUUGCGCUUCUAGUGUGGUGCCAAAACCAUAUGUGAAAGGACUUUGUAAAAUGAUAAGCGCGCUAAAAGAGGCUUUUUUACCUGUGAAAGAGCAAAUGGACUGGGUGAAGGAGCCUGUGAGGGCUGCGGCUACUUUUGAAGAUGGGCAGAGAGUCCAGGCCACCAUGGAAGCAUUACGUCAGUCGAAUGAGGAUGGAUGUUGGAUCACAGUACAACUGUUGACAGAGCCACCAGAUCCAAACCCAGCUUUGUCAGCUGCAGUGAGACGUACAGCCAUAUCUUUGCAAUAGUUAUAUGUAAAUUACAUUGAAAUGCCAUUUGUAUGUACCUUUUUAUUUUUUAAAGUUACAAAUCCCUAUUCAUUUAAAGUCAGUAUUGUGAUUAAUUAGUUGUUUUAGAUUUUUUUACAAAUACAUAUUUAAUAAUAGAUUAAAAUUAAGUACUAGUAAUUCUGCUUCAAAUGAAAAGUAUUUUAUAUGUACCUAAUUAUUUAUAUUUUAUUUAUUAUUCUAUGUAUAGGCAAAAUAAUUUUCAUUAUGAUUGUACAUUUGAAUUAAAUAUGCACUGAAUACUUUAAAUUUUAAUAAAUAUCAGUAUGUAUUUAAUGAGAUUGUGAAAUGAGAAAACAAUGGAGCUAGCAGAUAAGAAAAGAAAUCAAAGUUUUGAUUGAUAUUUAGAUAAGGCAUAUUUUACUGCUUAAGAUCUUGCAUAAGGUUGUGAGAAUCAUACAUUUACAAAAUUGUAAUUUUAAAGGCACCAUUUAAGAUCGAUGUUAUGUUUAUAAUGUACCUACUUAGUUACAUUUUAACUGCUGCAGUUCCAUAAUAUUUAUUAAAAGUUUAUAUGCCUCUAAAGCAGUUGUGUUUAUGCCUCUAGUAUUUGACAUGUUUUUAAUUUCAUUUAAAUAAAUUGCCUAUCUGAAUACUGUAGGCUUGCCCAUAAUUAUUCAUAAUAAAUUCAAAACAUAUGUAUGUACUUUAAGCUAAAUAUUGUUUUGUCACUAUAGCACUUUAUAUUAUAGAAAAAAUAGCAAGAUUAAACUGCUUUUGCUCAUGAAUAAAGAAAAUUCGGCAUAUCUGCAGAAUUAUUUAUUAGCAAAGUAUUUAAUAACUACAUAACCUAACUUGCCUAAUUUAUAUUGUUAUGUUCUUAACAAAUUAGUUUUAAGUUAUUUGUAGGUGAAUAAAUUUUGCUUAAAAUAUUUUAUUUUGAUAUUCUCUCUCUAAACUUGAAGGCAGUAAAUAAUAUGAGAGCUAAAUUCUGCCUAUUAUUUUGAGGUUAUGUCAAUGUGGGGAAUGAUAACAGCAUCUGAACUGAACUUUAGUUACUAUGAGAUAGGUACCUACAUACAAAACAGUAUGAUAAGACGAUAAUAUAAUACUGAGCAUAAUAUAAUGACUGGUGAUAAAGUAUUAUGAAAUUGAUUCUGCUUCAACAUUGCGGGCACCAAUCUACAUAAGAACUUGGAUGACAAUGGAAUGAUAGGUCACUGAAAAUAAUACACCAAGUUUUUAGUAACAAUAUUAUAAUAAGAAAUGCAACAGAUAACUCAAUGCAUCAACAUCCAAUUAUUACACAAUCAUAUCAUGUUCAUUCACUACAACUUCUAAUAACUAAAAACUGAACCAUCCAUAUUAAAAUUAGGUUGUACUAUAUCUAUUCAGUUGUCGAUCUUGGCCAGAAUGUCAGAUUCCCUGAACAGAUGGUAUUCCUUCUCAUCAUUAUCCAAGGAUACUUUGGUGCCGCCGUAUUCAGGUAAGAGAACCUUGUCUCCGACUUUGACUAGGACUGGAAUAAAUUCGCCGUUUUCUUUUCUGGUACCUGUGCCAACAGCGACUACUUCUCCAUGAAGUACCUUCGACUGUGCCUUCUCUGGAAUGACGAUACCACCAGCAGUUUUGGUUACAGCUUCUGCUCUUUUGAUAAGAACGCGGUCCAAAAGUGGAAUAAUCUUUUUCAAAGCUCCGGACAUAUUGUUUGCUGUAUUGAACAGUUAAUUCUACAAAACAAUUGAAGCCGGGAAAUCAGAUCCUAUGUCUAGAAUAUUCGGACUUCUUCGGGCGCCGGCCAAA